GCAUAUCGGCGCGUUAUAAGCCUGCUACGGCGCCUGCGCAGGGAGACAGCUGGUUUUGCUCGCUGUUCCUCCGUCCUUGGUGCGAUCAUGGCCGGCCGGGGGAAGCUGAUCGCCGUGCUGGGCGACGAGGACACGGUGACCGGGUUUCUGCUGGGCGGCGUGGGCGAGCUGGACAAGCACCGGCGCCCGAACUUCCUAGUAGUGGAGAAAGAAACGGCGUUGGCCGAGAUCGAGGAAGCCUUUCGGAGCUUCCUGGCCCGCGAGGACAUCGGCAUCGUCCUCAUCAACCAGUUCAUCGCGGAGAUGAUUCGCCACGUCAUUGACGCACACAACAAGUCCCUGCCCGCCGUGCUGGAGAUCCCCUCCAAGGAGCACCCUUACGACGCCUCCAAAGACUCCAUCUUACGCCGCGCCAGGGGCAUGUUCACCGCGGAGGACUUGCGAUAGGCGGGCCAGGAGAGACCCCACCCUCCCUCCCUCCCCAGGCCCGCUUCUGCUUUGCGAUGGUCCACCCUACUUGAGCCGUUCCUCCCCUUGGGUUCUCUUGUGGUCCUCCACCUUCUCCUUGUCGCAUGGAGGAAGGUUGAGAGAGAAGUUCCACCAUCCAAGUCAGUGUUUCUCAGCCACUUUAAGACAUGUGGGCUGGUGCCUUGGUGCCCCACUUCCCCUUCACCUGGGACUCUUGGGAGAAGACCCCCCCCCCAAUCCUCUCCACAAGACCCAGGCUGGGCUCCCCAUUUUCUCUGGGGCCAGAACUGGCCUGGUUGCCUUUCCAUGUCCCUGCUUUGAUCCUUGUUCUUCGUGACCAAUUGUGGUCCUCACCACCCAUCUAGAGAUACUUUGGCCCAAGUCCUCUGCUGCUUCUCCCAGUUUUCCUCCUUCCUGCUGUUUGAACCCUUCCCUUGAGGAUGGAACCCAAAAAAUGGGUGUGACGUUAAGGUGGGAUAUCCUGGCUUGAUGCCAGUGAGAAGCUGGUUUGUCUCUCUCCUACAGUGCAAUACCCGAACAUCUUCCUCUCUGAGAUACUGCAACCUAGAUGAAAAAUCUUCCUAAUUUCUGCCUUCCUUCAAAGGGGAAUUCUGGGAUCUUCUGAUCCAACGCCCUGCUCAAGCAGGAACCCCUACAUUAUUCCAGGUGGCCCCUUGGGCUUCGGUUGGCUAGAAGGAAGUUCUCCUCCAAUGAGCCGUUUUGAGUCUUCUUCUGCCUAGCGCCGGGUUUCCCAACCUUGGCUGCUCGAUGAUGCGUGCAGACUUCGACUCCCAGGAUUCCCCAGGCUGCAUAGUUCUAAGCAUGGCUGGCUGGGGGAUUCUGGGAGUUGAAAGUUCAUAUGUCUUCAAGGGGCCACGGUUGAAUUUCCACCAUCCUCACCACUUUAAAGGUGUUUUCUCAUCCUCACCAAUUUAAGAUGCGUGGACUUCAACUCCCAGAAUUCCCCAGCCUGGGGAAUUCUGAGAGUUGAAGUCCAUGUGUCUUAAAGUGGCCAAGUUGAGAAACCCUGGCUUGGUGGCUUUCCACAGUCCAUCUGGUGGGGGAUAUUUGGGAUCUAGGCCCUCCAGCUGGGAGACUCUGAUCCCCUUCUCACCGCUCCCUUGCCUACAAAGUGAUUAUCUAAUAGUUGCAAUUUCUGGUGUCUUGGAAGCUUGUCUGCUAAACCAAAACCCCACUGGAAGGAAGGAAUUAAUAAAGAUGAUUUCUGUUUAA